AAGGUGGAACAGGGAGACCAGUUAAGAGACUGCUGUAGUCAUCUGGACAAGAGAUAACAGUGGGUUGGAAGCCAAGUGCAGUGACUCAUACCUGUAAUCCUACUACUUGUGUGACUGAGGGGAGAGGAUUGAUUGAAGCCAGAAGUUUGAGACAAGCAAGACCCUGUAUCUAAAAAAACUAAAAAAACAAAAGCACAAACAGCGUGCUGGACCAGGGCAAUGAGGGUAGAGGUGGUAAGUAGUUGUCAGACUCUAGAUGUCUUGAUGAACCAGCCAGUAGGAUUUGCUAAUGGGUUAUGUGUGGCAUGUAAGACAAAGAGGUGAGUAAAAUUUCUCCACCCAAGUUUGUUUGUCAUAAACAACUGGCCGCGUAGAAUUAGUAUUUACUGGAAUGGAGAAUUCUGAGAGAAGAGCAGGUUUUUGUGGUGGGAGGUAUGUAUCAGGAGCUCAGUUUUACACUUGGCAAGCUUGGGAGACCUGCUAGACAUCCACGUGGAGAGACGGAGUAGUCAGUCAGACAUGUGAGUCUAGAGCGGAGGGCAGAGUAGGACGGAGGCGUCAAUUUGAAAACGACUAAUGUGUACAUGCUGUUUAAAACCGUGAGACCUCAGGAGAUCACCAAGGCAAUGAGUGAUGACCAGUAAGGAAAGGGGCCAACCAGGAAGAGGUGUCCUGGAAGCCAAACGAAGACAGCUUUGAAGGAGUCAGGGAGAGAGGUGUGAAAAAGACAGCAUGAACUUUACCCCAAAACACACCCCUGUCUGCAGAAAGCAAGCAGUUGUCUCCAAACGUGCUGUUGCCACCAGUGGUCCCACCAAGAGGAGGGGCAUGGCAGACUCACUGGAGUCAACCCCCUUGCCUUCCCUCGAAGAUCGUCUGGCCAAACUCGGUCCUUCUAAGGAGCUCCUGGAAUAUUAUCAGAAGAAGAUGGCUGAGUGCGAGGCAGAAAAUGAGGACUUGUUGAAGAAACUGGAACUCUACAAAGAAGCUUGUGAAGGACAGCAUAAACUUGAAUGUGAUUUGCAGCAGAGGGAGGAAGAGAUUGCUGAAUUGCAAAAAGCUCUAAGUGACAUGCAGGUCUGCCUCUUCCAAGAACGGGAACAUGUUUUGCGCCUCUACUCAGAAAAUGACCGACUGAGAAUCAGGGAGCUAGAAGACAAGAACAAGAUUCAGAAUCUCUUGGCUCUUGUGGGAACAGACGCUGGAGAAGUGACCUAUUUUUGUAAGGAGCCUCCUCACAAAGUCACCAUUCUCCAAAGGACUAUCCAGGCUGUAGGUGAACGUGAGCAGAAUGAAUCUUCAGCUGUCAAAGCAGAUCCUAAAAUAAGCAAAAGAAGACCAUCGCGAGAGAGAAGAGGAAGUUCUGAACAUUACCAGAGAGACGUACAGACACUCAUCCUGCAGGUGGAGGCGCUGCAGGCUCAGCUGGGAGAGCAGACCAAACUUGCUCGAGAACAAAUUGAAGGGCUCAUGGAGGAUAGACGGAUUCACCUUGAGGAAAUAGAAGUUCAGCACCAGAGAAACCAGAACAAAAUCAAAGAGCUAACCAAAAAUCUUCACCACACCCAAGAGCUGCUCUAUGAAAGCACCAGAGAUUUUCUGCAACUCAGAUCUGAAAACCAAAGUAAAGAGAAGUCAUGGAUGCUUGAAAAAGAUAACCUGAUGUCAAAGAUUAAGCAAUACAGGGUGCAGUGUAAGAAGAAAGAAGAUAAAAUUGGAAAAGUGUUGCCCGUUAUGCAUGAGAGUCAUCAUGCUCAAAGUGAAUAUAUUAAGUCCCUAAAAGAUAAGUUAGUCCAAGAGAAAAAGCUGUCCGGUAUGUACCAAGAGCAGUGCAUUUCCUUAGAAGAAGAACUUGCCCGAAUUCGUGAGGAAGAGGGAAUGAGGAGAGAGAUCUUCAAGGAUCGCACUAACAAGAUGGGGAAGCGUUUACAGGUAAUGACAAGACGCUAUGAGGCAUUGGAGCGUCGACGGAUCUUGGAAGUAGAAGGCUUUAAGACAGAUAUUAAGGUUCUCCGACAGAAACUGAAAGACUUGGAGCAAAUGUUGUAUAAGGCAACAAUUAAUGUCCGGGCAAACCAGGAUCUUGCCAUUCUGUGUGAGGUCCGUGACAGCAAUAGACGGGCACAUAAGAUACAAGGAGAACUGAAGAAUCUUAAGUCGAAAGUGUUUGGUCUGGAGAAUGAACUGAGACUCUGUUGAUGUCUACUUUUGGAAAUGGCCUCCAUUUAGAAGAGGUGUGCUCCUUGAAACCUGAGGACAAGGUCAUCUGCUGCCAGAAAAUGGAAACCUGAGUUGACUAGAGUGAUGGUGUUGAUUAUUAUGAAGACAGGGUGAAGAAUCAGGGACCACUAGGAAAGCUUUUCUUGCAGGCUCAGCUUGCUUUAUCAUUUUUGCUGUCCUUUUAACAUUUGUGGGGAGUAGGGGCCUGGUCCUGAAUGACCUAGGGCUUUCAUUAUUUAUCCCGUCUGUAUCAACAGGUUUUUGUUUUUUUAGAAGACAGUGAUGAUAAAAACUUAGGAGGAAGGUAUUUUGCAAUGAGCUUGGCGGAGUGUCCGUGGGAAGAAUACUUUCCCUAAAGAGAGAGACGCACGCACAGAGGCUGCCGUUUUCCUGAGCUGGGGGAGAAGGCAGCACAUCACACCUGUCCCAUCGGAAUAGGCGCUCAUUCUGCUAUUUCACCUUCCGUCGUGAGCAGAGCCUGAGUUACGUUUCUGGGCAGUUUCAUGGUGUUUCACCAGAGGGCACUAGAGACUCAAACAAAAUGUCCAUCUGGAAAAAUUAAGGAGACACUUUGGCAAGGGUGAAUGAAACUGAAAUGAUCCUUGUUUGGAAAGUUUGAUAUUUUUUUCAGUAACACGGCUUUUGAAAAAUGAUGUAUAGAUUUUAAAUUAACUAUUUUCAAUAAAAUAUUUCAUUCAAAAGAU